AUGAAGCUUUUUACAACUUUCAAGGAAGAAUUGAUUGUUAAAUCAAUUAGAAUAAGGUCCAUUAUUAUUAUUUUUGCUUUAUCAUCCCUGUAAGUUACAAUUGAACCGAGCGAAAUAAAUCCGAAAGUUGUUGGUGGCGCUAUAGUUCUCCAGCUCUCCAGUACACAUUCAAGCGUCAAUUUGACAUUUGAAAGUUUCAAUUGGGAGUUCUCUUGGAUCAAUCCUUCAAAUAAAAGGGCAAGCCAAAUGAUACCUGGAAUGGCGGGCGGGCGAUUAAAGUUGAACGUUUUUACACAUUGAAUAGCUUAAAACUUAUCAGCAAGCGGAAAAGUUACCUGCAAAGAAACUUUUUUCUCUCACAGUUCUUCAAGCAUACAGUAAAAUUCACCAAUACCUUCUGUUUCCAAAUCAAUCAUGAGCCAAUUGAAUUUUUCAAACAAUUCCCUGAGUUACAAUGAAUUGAUCGACCCAUUAUAUAUUGUUUCCGUAAUAGAGCGUACAUAGCAAGGUACAUAUAUCUAGACACCGAAGUAUGUGAUUGACACAAAAAUUGAGUGCAUUAUUAUUAUUGCCUGUAUACAGAGCUGACUACAGACGAUUAAUACGUGUUUGAAGUAUUCAAUAUUUGAGCUCUUUAGCCCUCUGUAUCCCUAAGAUUACCUGAAUUCCACUCCCCGAAAGGAUUCUACGUACUUUUGGAAUUAAAUUCGGUACCAGUGUAAGAUCUUAAUUAUUUUGUAAUCGCCUUUUAUCGCUUUAUGAAUAUCAUCC